GGGCCAUGCUACAGUUAUCUGGACAGGUCUACUGACAGCCCACCGGAAACUUUUUCGGUGCAGAAAAUCUUGAGGUCCGCGUGCAGCUGAGUGUCAGACGGUGACGGAGUAUCAUAGCUGCAGGCCUGCAGCCCUCUGUACCUGCUCAAAAAUGCUUAAAGCUGCUUCCUCUCUCAGUGGCCGCUGUGCACUUCUAACAGGACAAGCUUCGGUCAAAUUCCACUUGGCAAGUGGUGCAUUAUGUCAGAAAUCAGCCUUCAAACACCCUCCCACAGACAUCCCAGAUAUGCCCUCAUGCAAUUUCAAACCAGAGGAAUACACGGGUAUGUCCAAAGAGCGGAUAAUGGAGAUCCGCAGGCAGAACUGCAACCCUAUGAUCAUGAAGGUUACCUACUAUAAGAAACCAGUAUUGAUCCACCAGGGAUACAUGCAGUGGCUGUGGGAUGUGGACGGGAGGCGAUAUCUGGAUCUAUUUGCUGGUGUGGCGACUGUCAGUGUGGGCCACUGCCACCCGAAAGUGACGGCAGCAGCAGAGCAGCAGUUGAAGAGAUUGUGGCAUACUACAAACAUCUACGCCUAUCCUACUCUCCAUGAGUACAGUGAGAAACUUGCCUCCUACUUACCGGAUCCUCUCAAGGUUGUAUAUCUGACAAACAGCGGCUCAGAAGCCAAUGACCUGGCCAUGUUGAUGGCUCGACUUCACACCGGCAACUUUGACAUCAUCACUUUAAGGGGCUCAUACCACGGUGGCAGCCCACAAACCAUGGGCCUUACUUCCAACGCAGCAUAUAAAUACCCCAUUGCCAACGGUUUAGGCUGCACAACUACCAUGUGUCCUGAUGUGUUCAGAGGUCGGGGAGGAAGCCACUGCAGGGACUCUCCUGUGCAGACCACCAGACAAUGUGGCUGUGCCCAAGGUCAUUGCAUGGCAAAUGAUCAAUACAUCGGGCAGCUCAAAGAGACAUUUGCCACUAGUGUCCCAAGUCGAAUCGCUGCUUUCUUUGGAGAGCCUAUUCAGGGAGUUGGAGGAGCUGUGCAGUAUCCUAAAAAUUACCUGAAGGACGCUUACAAACUUGUCAGAGAGAAAGGAGGGGUGUGCAUUGCUGAUGAGGUCCAGACAGGAUUUGGGCGAACAGGAAGCCACUUCUGGGGUUUCCAAGGUCAUGAUGUCAUUCCUGAUAUGGUUACAAUGGCAAAGGGGAUCGGUAAUGGAUUCCCGAUGGGAGCUGUUGUCACAACACCAGAAAUUGCAGCCACAUUUGCCAAGGGGGUUCACUUCAACACUUUUGGAGGAAACCCUGUGGCCUGUGCUGUUGGGUCAUCAGUGCUUGAUGUUAUCAAAGAAGACGGCACACAGCAGAUCAGUCUUGAUGUUGGAACCUAUCUGAUGACAGAACUGGCAAAACUCAGAGACAAGCAUGAGAUAAUUGGUGAUGUCCGUGGAAAAGGCCUGCAGAUUGGUGUGGAAAUGGUCAAAGACAAGGCCAGCAGAGACACUCUGCCUCCUGAGGCAAUGAGUGAAAUCUUUGAGGACAUCAAGGAAAUGGGAAUCCUGAUAGGGAAAGGAGGAGUCUACGGACAGAUCUUCCGGAUCCAACCCCCGAUGUGCAUCACAAUGGAAGAUGCCGAUUUCUUUCUGGCAAUAUUUGACAAGGCCAUUCACAACUACAUGGAAAGAAGAUGAAAGUGAGAUAAAGGUCGGCUGGAUUGCUCAACGGCAAGGACCAAACCUGGAGACCCUCUCAGGAAUGGACUGAAUUUAAUAUAUUUUAAAAUGUUUAAAAUAUGUCAGUAUUAAUCAUUUUAACCAUUUAAGUAAAACUACCUCUGUUAUUGUUCUUUAAUAGCAAUUGUUAAAUUUUACUUUUUUAACUGUUGUAAUUUGAAGACUUUAAUCACUUAAAAAUACCUCACUAGUUAGAUGAGAAACUAAUCAUGUACAGUGACUUUAUCUGGCAAAUCAUGCUUUGGUGUAAAGUUGUAUGAUUCUAAAUGAAUGUUAUACUAAUAAAGGAAGAACCAUUUGCA